UCUCUACCCAGCUGUAUCUAAAUCCACUUUGCUCCACCCUUUAGCAGCACAUGUUAAUCAAGGACAGGAUAGGGAGUCCCAAUCCAAGAACCCACUCCCUUCCUGGAGCUCUGUGGGGGCUCAGCAAGAGUUAUGUCUGGUAACUAUGUCUUUUCUACGUUGCUGUGAGCUGGACAAAAAGAGAAAACUUUCCUCUGUCAACUUUUCAGCUUGUCUUGAUACUGUAUAUGGUGCAAGAACAACUGCAUGUAGCAGCCUUCAGUGAGGGACUUUGGACCUCUGCUCAAGCUUUCCUGGAGGAAUAUACAGUAUUUCAGGCUGCAGGAAAAUGUACUGGCGAAAACAUAUUAGAAGUCUUUUCAUUGUGACUCUGAUCUGGCAGGCCAUUCAUUUAGGAAAAGGCCGUGAAAAAGAAGAACAUGAAAAAAAUGUGAAAAAUAUCAGCACCACAGCACAAAAGCAACAGCCUAAGAAUUCAUUGACAAUUAUAGAUGCUUUCAGUGACAUGAAUCAGAGUUACCAAAGCAGAAAGCAACAAGGUUCCAGGGAAUUUGUACCUUUCACUGGGAUUACAGAGAGUAAAAAUCUGAACAGGAACUGCUGCCAAAAUGGAGGGACCUGCAUCCUAGGGGCUUUCUGUGCAUGCCCAAAGCAUUUUAGUGGCCGACACUGUGAACUAAGAAAGUGCGGCAGCAUUGCCCAUGGCGACUGGGUGAUGAAGGGCUGCUGGCUGUGUCGGUGUCUCUAUGGCACUCUGAAGUGCCUCUCUCAAAACUUGCAAGACAACUGUGGUAAGGAACUGAGAAGGGAAGAGGAAAUUAUCAGACUGUAUUCUAAUGGCCCAAGAUUACAGCAAACAAUGUCUGCACUGAUUUGCCUUCUCACCUUCCUCCUGGAGCUCUGCGGCUGGCAGCUGUGAAGCUGAACAGAAAGAUUAUAUCAGGGUUCCUGUAGCCUUUAACAUGAGUUGAACAACUCCUUCUUUAUUAAACUGCGGAAGACACUUAUACUUACAUAUCUAAAGCAUAUUAUGAGGUGUUAGGUAAUGAUGAAAUGCUUGGUUUAUUAUAAAUACAGAUUAUAUAAACGUGAAGUAUUUAUUAUUUUAUUAUUAUUAUAUUGCUACUACCAGUGUCUAUUUCCAACAGUUCUUUAGUUUUAAAAUACUGUUCUUUCAGUGGAAGAAAAUAACUAAAAAAUAACUAAAAAUAACUAAAACUAAAAAUGAAUUAUCUGGACUAGUAUUAAAUGGGGAGGUUGGUGGCCCUGCAUGUGGCAGGGAGGUUGGAGAUUCAUGAUCCUUGAGGUCCCUUCCAACCCUGGCCAUUCUGUGUGAUUCUGUGAUCUCCAUGCCUCAAGUAUAGUAAAUUACUUCAAUUUCGUUUGUAUCCUAUACAACUGCUUUAAAUAAAUAACAGUGGUUUUAUUGUCCCUGAAGAGCUUUACUGUUUGGUUUUAUUUAAUAUGAAAAUUUUGACUACCAUCUGGUUACCCUAUUGUAUUCAGUAACAAAAUGGUAACAAAAGGGCAGGUAGCAUGAACAGCCUGAAACUUAGAAAGAUAAGGAGGAUUUUAACAGGAUUUCAAACACUAUUGUUAUGGAAGAACUAGAAGUUAGAAAGCUUUUCAGUUCUUGUUGUUAUUCAUUGUAGUUAAAAUUGUAACUAUGCAUAAUAUUAGGCAGGAAGUAAAUGUUUCUGAGGAACACAGAGCUGAUAAUCAUUUGUCCUUUGAGAGUUUAUUUUGUUUUGCAUCCUAAAAAUAAAAGCCCUUUUGUUUAUAAAAGGGCAGUGAAGGGCAACCUCUUUAAUAUUUUUCAUUAGGAAAUAUGUCCUGAACUAUAUAUUAUUUAAAUAUGACUAUCUCUAGGCUGUGAAAUAAAAUCUAAAAAAAGAAAAAUAUUUGGAAAACGUAACUGCAUUUCUGAUGCAAGUUUAUAAGACAUCAAAUACAUGCUUAUUUAAAAGAAAGAAAAAAAAAAAAAGAAAGAAAAAA